CCGCGUGAGGACGCAGACGGAUCCGCGGGACCUGUCGGGGGAGCGCUGGUCUCCCGGGCCGGCAGCCUGCUCGCUGCUCGGGGCUGCGGGCACCGACCCGACCCGGCGCCGCCGUCGGGGCUGUCACGGCGCUGCCAGCGCCGAGCUCGGGGAGCGGAGGCUGCGGCGGGAUGGCUUAGGGGUGCGGGCAGCGCCUUCCCCGGCCGGCGGGGGAGGGCCGGGCCCGGCACUCCCGUCCCGCUCGGGCUCUCUUUGCAAACCUGAAGCCGCUUUUCGCCUGCCGGGAGCGCUCCGUGUCCGCGGUGCUUUCUCCGGAGCGGGGAGCAAUGGGAAAUCCACUGCAGUAUUAAUCCAAGGAGGUGCUCUGGGGACAGUUGGCAGCACAAUGGCUUCUCAGUACCUCGUAGUGGCUCUGGCCAUCUUCUCCUCUUGUACCCAGGUUGUAAUAGAAGCCAGCUCUUGGUGGUCUUUAGGGAUGAACCCUAUGAACCCCAUGAACCCUGUGCAGAUGUCAGAGGUAUAUAUAAUAGGAGCCCAGCCACUAUGUAGCCAGCUAGCAGGGCUUUCCCAAGGACAGAAGAAACUCUGCCAGUUGUAUCAGGACCAUAUGCAGUUCAUUGGAGAGGGUGCAAAGACCGGCAUUAAGGAAUGCCAGUAUCAGUUCAGACAUAGAAGAUGGAAUUGCAGCACUGUGGACAACAACUCUGUUUUUGGCAGAGUCAUGCAGAUAGGCAGCCGGGAGACGGCAUUCACCUACGCAGUGAGCGCAGCCGGGGUGGUCAACGCCAUGAGCCGGGCGUGCCGGGAGGGCGAGCUCUCCUCCUGUGGCUGUAGCCGGGCUGCGCGGCCCAAGGACCUGCCCCGGGACUGGCUGUGGGGCGGCUGCGGGGACAACAUCGAGUACGGAUACCGCUUUGCCAAGGAGUUUGUUGAUGCCCGGGAACGGGAGAGAGUUUACCAGAGAGGCUCCUAUGAGAGCGCCCGGAUCAUGAUGAACCUACACAACAAUGAGGCCGGGAGGAGAACUGUGUACAACCUGGCUGACGUGGCCUGUAAGUGCCACGGCGUCUCUGGUUCCUGUAGCCUGAAGACCUGUUGGCUUCAGCUUGCCGAUUUCCGCAAGGUAGGCGAUGCCCUGAAGGAGAAAUACGAUAGUGCCGCUGCCAUGAAACUCAACAGCCGGGGCAAGCUGGUGCAGAUGAACAGCCGCUUCAACGCACCCACCAUCCACGACCUGAUCUACAUCGAUCCCAGCCCCGACUACUGCAUGCGCAACGAGAGCACCGGGUCCCUGGGCACCCAGGGCCGUCUUUGCAAUAAGACCUCAGAGGGCAUGGACGGCUGCGAACUGAUGUGCUGCGGCCGGGGGUACGACCAGUUCAAGACGGUGCAGCGAGAGCGCUGCCACUGCAAGUUCCACUGGUGCUGCUACGUGAAAUGCAAGUUGUGCACAGAGAUCGUGGACCAGUUUGUGUGCAAAUAGGAGACGGACGAGGUGGGAGGAACUGCGGCCACCUGCCUGCGAGGGGUGUGGGCCCCUCGCCCCUUCCACAGGACUAUCUCCGCUUUAUUUAUAGAGUCCAAUGAGUUGUUGUCUUCUUUUAAGAAAAAAAAAAAAGAAAAAAAAAAAAGGGCGGGGGGAAAGAAAAAGGAAAAAAAAAGAAAAAAAAAGAAAAGAAAAAUAUAAAGAUUGCAAAGAGAAGUGCCUGGAAACCUCUCUAUGUCCAUCCCAGAACUGUGUGCGUCUUUUAUUUUUGGCAAUAUUGGGGGAGAACCUGAGAAUAUUUAUUUUACAAAGUAAAAAAAAAAAAAUACUUUUGAAAACAAUAGAGUAGCUCGAGAGGAAAAUCCAACUUAUCCUAAUUUAGUCCCGUGGGACAUAAUAACAUGUGCAGUAGGCAGAGCAACCAUAUAACGUGCUUGGGAUGUUAGAACCAUCCCUAUGGAUUGAGGAACGCACAGACCUGUCCGUGACUUCUGGUUCCAGAUGCCAGAAGUUGUCAGAAUAGGGUAUAGAAAGCUGUUCAGUACAACUGGGGCUCUGUAAAUAAGGGGUGGUAUAUUCAUCACAAAGUGCAGUGUCAGUUGCAUAUCUGAAUGCGCUCGCCAAAGUACGCGAUGUCACUGGAGGGUAAAGAGCAAAGAAUCAUAAAGGCUUCAACUGCGCUAUUCUUGAGUCAUUGAAUUUGGUUCCAGAACCUAACGAGACCAAAAAAAAAAAAAAAAAAAAAAGACACACAAAAAAAAUCUGCCUUGAUGAACAGCAAAAUAUUCCCCAAAGGAGAAAUUGACCUUAUUAGCUAAUUGUGGUGUUGGAUAUCUCAUCUCACAGGGCGGCGUGUCGAGAGCCAAUGCGUUGCCGGCUGCGCGGGGUACGGCAGCCCGGUGGGAGGGCGGCUGCGUGCUCGCAGGCUGGGAAGCUCCAAGCUUGCCGAGCUGCAGUCUCCCAGCCUGGAAAGCCCUUUGAAAACAGAAUUCCUCAAAUUUGAAAAUGCCUUAAAAAUGGUGUAAUAGCUGGCUAUCUUUCGAAACACAGCUUGACAAAGAACUCCUCUAAUUUUAUGAGAGAAAAUAAAUCAUUAGAUAUCCACUCUUGGAAUGAUUGAUUUUUAUUAUUUUGUUGCAGAUUUUGGGAACGCUUUCACUCGGGGAGACAGUAGUUUCAUACUUUAAUAACACUAACCGGCUAUUAUAGUUCAAGGAGAUGUUGCAGCAAUACCAAAUUUAUCAUCCUAUGUCUUUAAUACACAUGCUUUAGAUAAUAUAUUGCAGAUAUACACUACAACUGUUCAGACUAUACUUGAGCAGUUACAUAUAUAUGGGAAAAUUGUGGUCUGCUGGUGUCUGAUAUUUCAAAGCUUUUUGUACGUAUGUAUUUUAAUGAUUUAAGACAAAAUAAAACUUCAAAUUACAGGGGCGGUUCAUCCCCCAUUUUCUUUUUCAGAUCUCUUCAGGUUGGUCGAUGAUUCUAACCUUUUUGGUGUUAAAAAAAAAAAAUUAUUAUUAUUAUUUUUGAAGAGCUUUUAUAAUUCAAAGAAGUAAGCCUCUUCCCGGCCUCGGGAUGCUCCCAGGCUGUUGCUAGAGGCAGCACCCUGCACUUGAAUUGAUAUUGGUCUGCUGAUUAUUUCUCUUCCGCUUCCACUUCAGGGGCAUUAUUGAUCGUUACUGAAAGGAAACAUCUUAAAACUCUAAAAUGUGCUGCAUUUGGCCCUUGGUUUUUAGUUUUGAAAUGGGAAUUAUUUGAUGAACGAUCCGCGUUCCCCCUGGUGCUGUGUGUUUACACAGGGUUUCCUCAUUGGUUCAGAUGCCUCUUUCCAGCUCAGUCCCACGCAAGAAGUUCAAGAAAUUGGUUUUGCAGAUACCAAGUGAGGAAAAUCUUUCACUUUAGCCUAGUUGUACUAAAGCCUUAACUUUUCACGAGCCUAUAAGCUGUAUCAUUAAGUUCAUCUUGAUCAUUUAUCAGCUUCUUAAAUGGCGCUUUAUUGCUCUUAAUUUAUUGUACGAGGACAUAUUUACCCCUCAUCUUCAGAUGUUUGCAAAGACUAUCUUUAAAGUAAGAUAAAUAAAUAAAGCACUAAUUCAUUGAAUAUGUCACUUUUGGUUUUCAUUAUACAAAAACGAUGAUCAUUUUUUUCAUUUGCUGAGUCACCUCUUAUUCCUUUUUAUUGACUUCUGUCCGAGCAGAACUGAAUCUCGUGAUCCUAGCUAUUAAAACACUAUUUAAUGUAAAAUAUUUUACUUGUCAUUCAGAUAUGUAAAUCUUCUAUGUCCUUUCCUCUGUUCUGUACAUUUAAUGUACAUAUUUCUGUCUCGCGUGAUUUGUAUAUUUCACUGGUUUUUUUAAAAAAGAAAGGAUUAUGCCAUAAUGGAAGAUAGACUAUAAAAAUAAAACUUUGGUUGUAUAUUG